AUGGAAAUCGACCCGCAGCUGCAACACACCCGAGACGGGGACCCUCAACGGCGCUUUUACAUGCCGACCCGACCGACAAUGAGCACAGGCCCAGAAUACCCGGAGCCACCCUCCCAUGCACCCCUAAACCCCUAUCAAAGCCGGGACAUACAUGGUGAUGGGCACAGCCACGGAGUUGGACACGGGGAGACGCACCCGUCAUUUGGGAUGGGUCCAGACGCCAAUCAAUCCCCCGAGCCGCACGAUGCCACAGGCGACGCCAAGCGGUCGCGGGCGUGCGAGCCCUGCCGACAGCUGAAAGUGCGCUGCGACCCAGACCCGUCGCACCCGGAAGGGUCAUGCAAGCGGUGCGCGAAAGCGCGGCGGACGUGUGUUGUGACUGCGCCGACGCGCAAGCGGCAGAAAAAGACCGACAGCCGGGUGGCGGAGUUGGAGCGGAAGAUUGAUGCUCUGACGGCGACUCUACAGGCUUCGAAUUCGACUAGUGCGCUGUUCUCCGGUGGAGCAGGGCAUCAAUCGUCGCCGCCUGGGCAGCGGGAUGAGCAGCUGGCUGGCCGGAGGUGGUUGGGUGGGGAGUCGAAGAUAGCGGGGAGCAAGCGAGAGCAUACUGGCGAAGUUAAGGAUUGCUCUGGUGGGUUGCUGGCGCCGCGGUAUUCGCGGCCGGGUAGUCCGUCUGCGGAGCAGAUUCCUAGCCAUUCGUCGAGGCAUUGGCGUAGACCUGUUGGUGCUGAUUCUGUGCCACCGCCGCCGCCGAAACCUGAGGCUGGGAAUGAGUUUGCUGAUAUGAUCGAUCGGGGGAUUAUAGAUUACAAAACUGCUAGCUCGGCGUUUGAGCGGUAUAUCCACCAAAUGGCACCAGAAAUGCCUUUUGUUGUUUUCCCGCCGGGGACUACGAUGGGCGAGGUUCGGCGCAAUAAACCAUAUUUGUUCCUUUCGAUCAUCGCCGCUGCCGUUGGUGUUUUCAAUCACGAUGCACAGCCGAUCCUUGUGAAUGAGACAUAUCGUCUGAUCGCCGAGCAGGUUGUUGUUAAAGGCCAAAAGUCGCUUGAGCUGGUUCAGACUAUAAUGAUCUGUUCUAUCUGGUAUCUGCCACCAGAUAACUUCGACGAGAUUAAGUUCUAUUCCAUGACCCACAUGGCUGCGGUUAUGGCAAUGGAACUUGGAUUGAACCGUCCCAUUUCCGGAAGUAGACGGAGCUUCAAUAUGAUCCGCGAGCUGAUCAUGAAAAAGCCGACGGGUCCGGCAUUUGAUCCAGAUGGACCGGAGGCAAGGCGGACUUGGGUUGGCUGUUAUUACUUACCUGUUCAGAUGUCGGCGGCUUUGAGGAGACCACACUUGGUCACCUGGCAGCCGUAUAUGGACGAGUGCCUUGAGAUUCUAGAAACACACCCUGAUGCCCUACCCUCCGACCGGAAUUUGAAAUGGUGGGCAAAGCUGGGAUCGAUAAUGGAAGAUGCUGGACAUCGCUUUUGUGCGGAAGAUCCUGGGUCCAUUACUACCUUCGCCGACAGUAAGGCGUGGUAUAAUAUAAAAUUGUUUGAGGAUCGAUUGGCACAGUGGAGAGAAGAGGUCCCGCGGGAUCUUUACCUCGGGCCAAUGGUUCACACAGAGCAUGUCCUGAAUCUUUUCGUGCAUGAACCUGCAAUGAGUGUAGACUACAACACUGGCAACAACUCCCCACCUCAGGAUGAUUUGCACAAGUCAUCAAUUACGGCGGUCGUCGAUGCGUUGACCACGGCCAUCCGCUGCAUUCACGAGAGUUUGGAUAUCAUCUGCGCCAUUGAUGUUGAUCGACUCAUAUGCUUGCCUACUACGUCAUUAGCACGUACAACAUACCCCGUGGUCAGCUUGAUCAAAAUAUACUCACUGUUCAUGUCGCCGGACAGUCGAAUCGGACAGAUUCUCGACGUGCAGAGUCUCAAACUCGAUUAUUAUCUGGACAAAGUCAUAGCACAUUACCGUGCCGCCGCUGCGCGUGAUGGUGGGCGCGGAGCAGCGAAAUUUGGAAACAUAAUGGUUUUGUUGCGCAAUUGGUUCAUCAAAAAGCGCGACCAGGGAGAUCAUGGCCGGGAAUUGAAAGAGGUCUUUUCACAUGAUCAGAACCCAUCUGACCGCCGGCAGACACGUCGGAGCCAUGAUACCCCGACCGCGACAUCUUCCAAUCCAAGAACGCAGAUAGCACCGGGCAUGACACCCCUACAUUUCCUCAGCGAAGUAGCGAUGGGCGACCCAGCGCACCGAGCAAACACUCCCAACUCCCAACGCGCAAUAGCCGGACAAUCCUAUUCCUCAAACCAGAGUGCAAGCUCAACAGUCAAUCCAAUGGCAACACCAAGCUCAUCCAGUUUCGGGCCAGAGGCACCCCAAACCAGCUGGUCAUCUGGGGCAUCAUACCCAACCAAUCUCUCGAGCUCGGACUCGAACCCGCUCGAGACGAGGGGUUACUACCAAUCUUAUCCAUCCACUGGACUCACACAGAGCUACCCAGAUCUACCGUCGAGCGCCCAAACCCAGGGAUACCCGGAUAUGUCCACUGUGGCUGGGAUGCAGCUUGCUCCUCCGAUGGGAAUGGCACCUGAGGUAGGUAUGGACCCGAAUUUCGGUGAUCCUUGGUUUAAGUUAGGGGAUAUGAUGGAUGAUGGAUUGAUUACAUUCCCGCUUUCUUUUGAUGGGAAUUUUGGAUUCUUUUAG